UCUCACCUUUUCAAGCAUCUCAUGGUGUGAAUUAUCUUGUCUUAUAGCAUUUCAGAAAUUUGAUAUGUGAGGCAGAGAAGAGUUUAGAUGAGAAGAAAAUGGCAGUGGUUGCAGCAAAGAGCUUUAUCUUAACCAAGUUUUCCUCUCCUUUAUUAUAUGUGACCAAAAAUGGCAAGAGAUUUGGUAUCAUAUUAGGUCAAAAGAGGAAUUUUUCUGAGAACUCAAAAACUCAGAAAGGUCCCAUUUUUCCACUGAGGAUUUCAACCACACUCAUUACUCAAUCAGCCAUUGCUGUGUUUGGAUUAGGAUUCAUUGAUGCAGGGUAUAGUGGAGACUGGUCAAGAAUUGGAGUGAUCUCAAAAGAGAAUGAAGAUUUACUUAAAGCUGCAGCCUUUAUAGUUGUUCCUCUAUGUUUGUUUUUUAUAGUGAGUUUAUCCAAACAGAGAGAGAGUUAGAUUUACUGAACUGGGUUUUGUUUAGUUUUGAAAACCAAGUUAAAAAAAUAAAAACUUGUGUAAAAAUUCCAAUUUAUUUGGUAAAAAUCAUGCUUAAAUUGUCUCAUCCUUAAAGGGUUUUACUCAAAUCUCAUUCUAUGUGAACACUUGUCAAAAAUUCAUAAUAGAAGAGACAUAUUUCUAGGCUAUUCAAUUUGUCCAAUCCAAGCACAGAGCUUCAAAAUUCAUACUUGGAUGGCUACAAUUAUGUUUGGAUAAGUGGAAAAGAGAAAGAACAAGAUAGAAAAGGGUUUUGGGGGAGAAAAUGAAAGGCAUAUAUGUGAGGAAGAUUGAGAUGUAAAAGUGAGAGUGAAUUGUUUUGGCUUCUUGUUAAAGAGUAAAUUAUUUUUCAUUUAUUUAUUUUCAUUCUUAGUUGGAUGAUGACAAGAAUGUCUUGAAACUUUAGUGCAUCUUUGGAUUUCACUCCUGCACACUUGGGAGUAUAUUCUGGUGUUAAUUUGUUUUGAUACCUUUUAUUUGUUUUGAUUUAUGAAAAUUUAUGAAAUUUCUUUAA